AUGGCGGAUGGAUCUUUGUUUGACAAAGCACUUCGCGACUGCCAUGCCUCUUUCUCACAGCGUUUCGAGCCAGUCAGCAUCGACGUCUUUCGCGAGGCCGUGCUGGAGCCAGGGGAGAAGCUCAGUACCGGAGGCCUUGUCGAGGAGUUUGUGCUGCAAUACGCGCUUGCCAAGUUCUUGGAAGCGAAAAUUAAGCCCGGCGCGGUGCUCGGCCAUGGUGGUGGCGAGCUGGUGGCCGGUGUGAUUUCCGGUGCGGUGUCAUUGAAAAAGGCGAUCGGAAUUUGCCACGUCCGGUCGGAGGCAUUGAAAGCUACGGCAGUGGGUGGAUGCAUGGCGCAUGUGAGUGUGCCUUUUGCAGAUGUGACCCGCUACUUGAAAGAUCUUCCGACGGCCUCAAGGGUGGUCGUUGCAGAAGCCAACAGCCCAUUCGACACCGUCAUCAGUGGUCCUCAAGCUGAGGUUGAAAAGGCUUGCAGUUCUUUAAGCACAGGCGAGAGAGGCCAAGGCGAUCUUGAGAUGGAUGAGACGCAAGCCCGAUACAACUACGUGGAUGUUCCCUAUGCGAUGCAUUCCAGCCUUGUGGCUCAUGUCAAGGAGGCUGUGAACAUCGAAGCGCAAGAGUCGGCGAGGUGCGACUAUGGCACUCCCGGGUGCUGCGUGGUAUCAUCCUUCACGGGUAGGUUUCUUGCAGCAAUGCAAAAGCUGCGAGAGCUGGGCUUCAAGAAGUUUCUGGAGAUCGGUUCCACAACGGAAAAUCUCCUCCGGCUUGGUCGUCGCUGUGUGGAUGACCCCGCACAGUGCACAUGGGUCUUAGCCCUUGACACGAAUCAUUCCGCAUCUAUUCUCGAGGCUGUGGAGCAGCAGAUUAUGGAAGGUAAGCAGCAGAUGACCCUCACUUCACUGUCUCUUCCGAGCAGUGAGACGGUGGGAAGUUCUUCCGGAAUCUCGGGCCGAAGUGUCCUGGUGGGUAGAGGAGAAAGCGUGGCAGUCGAGUCACGGCCGCGCCUAUCUGGUGGAGCCACUGCCGAGUGGGCAGGAGAUGCAGAUGCAGGCGAGUGGUGGUUGGCUAGCGGGACAGAUCUAGGUGAAAGCAGCAGGUGGGCUGCCAUCGGAAAGGGCGAAGAAUUCCCCACAACACCACUGCAGAAAGCAUAUUUUGAUGGCAUGUACUUCGAUCCAGCGCAUCAGAUCACUCCCAACUUCUUCUUCAAAGCCACUUUCAGAAAGGAUCUCGACUUGCAGAAGCUAGAGAUUUGCAUCAAGGAGCUUGCCCGGCGGCAUGAAGCAGUGCGUGUUUGCAUCAGCCAGGAUGGCGGACAACAGUCCGUUAAUCCCGAGAGCUGUUUCGAUGAUUGGAGUCUCCAUGUGCAAAAUGCCGACGACGAAUCGGCAUGCCAUGCCAUUUUCCAGCAGGUUUGUCAAGAGCGCAUUCAAGAUUUCUGGACAACUCGCUUGAAAAGGUGGGUUUGGGACGUCCAGGCUGCCCGGCUGCCUUCGAAAGAGGUCAUUCUCUUCUUCCGCUUCAGCUUCAUGGCGGUGGAUGCUAGCAGCAUCCGCUACCUCAUGAUGGAACUAGAUGGCCUCUAUGGCGAUGUUCGCCUUCCAGCUGCGCGUUUCCAGCUCGCCGAGAGUAUGGCUGACAUGAAUCGCACGAUGGGAUCGAUGUCAGAAUCUUGGUCAGCAAAAGCUCGGAAUCUUCCCGGACCUCCGAAGCUGCCCAGAAGGCGUGGUGGCUCUGGUGCCCCGAAGUUCACAAGGUUCUGGCGCACUUUGAGCUGCCAAGGCUGGAAGUCUUUUCAGGAUCUCUGCUCUCGCUUGGAAAUUUCCAGAACCAACGCCAUCGUGUGCUGCUUUCAAGACAUCCUCCGCAAUCAUCUGGGAAGCGGUGAGAACGUGGAUUUCACAUUGAACCUGACGCUCAAUGAUCGGGCGAGGCUGACAGAGCUCAACUUCAAUGGGGAUGCGGAGUCCCUGGUUGGCGACUUCACGAACUGCUUCCUCCUCGCGUGCAGAGAUGGAGGGGGCACAUUUCUGCAGCGGGCUCUUGCCCUGAAGCAGCAGAUCGAUGCUGCAAAGAAGGAACCUGUCUGUGGAGUCGCGUUGCAGCAAGAGUUUCGUCGCUGUCAAGGCCGUGGGGAGCUCUUUGACGUGGUGGUGACAUCACUGCUGAAGUACGAAGCCUGGUGGCCGAAGCACCUCCCUUUGUUGCAGAUGGACGAUGUGAGGUCUCAGACCCCGCAGGUGGUCCUGGACUUGCAGUUCUUUGAGAACACCCAUGGCAAGCUGCAGCUAUCCAUCGAUGCAGACGUCCAGACUCUACCAGAAAGUUUGGUGGAAGAGCUUAUGGAAGAGUUUUUUCAGCACCUUUCAGUGGUAUCACGUCAAGACGCAAAUACUCUGAAAGGCCGAGACGCAGCCGCCAUGCUUCUUCCAAAGAGCCCUCGAAAUGGGUACGACAGCUUCCACGGCUCCUCGAGUCGACCUCGUCGCAUAGACCAGCUGCUGCUGGAAUCCCUGAGGAAGAACAGCGAGCGAGCAGGUGCAGUGAAGGAAACGGUGCAACCCGGAAGAGUGCUGAGUUACGAUGAACUCGGCCGACACUCGUUUGUUUGUGCAAAGAUACUUCGCGAACGCGGGCUAGCUCGGGACCAGCUUGUCGGCAUCGUGAUGUGCAAGGGCUGGGAGCAAAUUGUGGUCUGUGCCAUCUUUUUCGCUGGCGGAGCCUACCUCCCGCUGAAUCCGUCUGAUCCGACAGAGUAUCGGCAAGGCAUGCUGACGCAGGCUGCUGUUAAAUUUGUCUUGACGCAGCCUCAACUAGCACCUCAGCUCGCGCCAUCCCUGGACGAGGGGAACGUAUGCUUGCUGGAAGUCCACGCUUCCCACAUCGAGGAUGUGAAUGCGAAGUCCUGGCAAGAGUCCUUGCAGUCCAUGCUCGUGGGGGAUGAUGACGAAGGCGAGUGCCUGGCAUACGUGAUCUUCACGUCCGGAUCCACAGGAAAGCCCAAAGGUGUCGAGAUUCAGCAUCGGGCCGUGCUGAAUACCUGCUGGGAGAUGAAUGCGCUGCUUCAGGUGACACCCGAUGACGUCUUUUACGGGCUCAGUUCCCUGACUUUUGACUUGUCCGUCUAUGACAUUAUCGGCUCACUUUCUGCCGGUGCUCAGCUUCUUCUUUGUGGGCCAGAUGACAUGACCAACCCUCAUCCUUGGAAGCAAGCCUUGAACGAGAAGGGCGUUACAAUCUGGAAUUCGGUGCCCUCGUCCUUCGACAACCUCUUGGCUUACUGUGGUGGCAGUGAGCUGCGGUGGCCACGGGUCGCUCUCCUCAGCGGGGAUCGAAUUCCACCGGAACUGGCCAGGAAAGCACACAACAAGUGUCGCUUGAUAUGCCUAGGUGGAGCGACAGAAGCUUCCAUCUGGUCCAAUAUGCACGAAGUCAAGCACGAACCACCGGCAAAUGAGACUUCUAUCCCAUAUGGGCGUGCGCUGCCUCAACAGUUGCUUAAAGUCCUGGACCGGAAUCUCGAGGAGGUUCCGGACGGAGAGGAUGGCGACAUCUACAUCGGGGGUCAGGGCCUGGCACGAGGCUACCACAAUGAUGCGGCCAGGACGAUGGAGCGUUUCAUGAAUUCAAGGCACGGGCGGUUGUACAAAACGGGUGACCGUGGCCGCUAUCGUGCCGACGGCGAGAUCGAGAUCUUGGGUCGCGAAGACGAUCAGAUCAAGCACAGAGGAUAUCGGGUGGAGCUGAACCAGAUUUGCUCGUGUGUUGAAGCUUUGCCGUGGGUGUUGCGUGCAGGGGCCGUGAAGUUCGAAGAAGGUCCGCUGGAGUGCUACGUGGAGUUACAGGAAGAGGACUGGGAGUCACUCAAGAAGCAGGAGGAAAGGCUUUCGACCUUGAUGCUCACUGCCAAGGCCCGGGAGCUCUCAUCGAAAGCUCUCCCUCCAAUCUGUGACUCGCAGAAGUUGCUCUGGAACCGCCGUUCCUUUCGAGACUUUCAAGGCAAAAUGCCCACCCGAGAUCAGCUCAUUGGCCAACUUCAGAGCAGCUGCUGGCCGUGGUCUUUCAAGAGAUCGAGCGGCUUGUGCAAAGAUCCGGUGGUCGAGACGGUCACCGAGCAGGACAAGGGGUUUCUCCUUGGACCACUUGCGGAACGAGAGCUCAAUGGCCAGGUGCGGUAUGCGUAUGCAUCUGCUGGUGCUGCUCGGGCAGUUAACGCAUACUGGUUGGAGGAAGGACAAAGAUCCCAGUACCUGCCAUCUAGUCACGCUUUGGCAGAAGCUGAGCCGUGGUGCAAUGCAACUGGUCCUGUGGGAAUUCAGCUCGCCGCUGACUUGAAUGCCGAUGCCUUGAAAGCCUAUGAUGUGCAACAUCGCAAGACGCAGCUAGUGUUGGAGAUGGGGUUCAUGGCAGCAGCUCUGGACCAUGCAGCUGGUCAACGUGGUUGGACAUGGAAGGUGGAAAGCUGGAGAGCCGACCCAUGCUCCUGCAUCUUGGUCUUGGUUCACUGCGAAGAAGCUCCUGACACUUCUGACCCCUCCGACAUGAGCCUCCCGCCAGACGCAUCCAACUCCAUGAUCGUCCACUUCCAUUGUGCGGAACACUCUUUGGCUGCGGCCAGUGUGCGUGGGCAAGGCUUCUGCCUCGAGGAUACUGGUGGCAGUAUCUCUUGGUGGUCGAUGCUUGUCGACCAACUCGACAAGGGUGAAGACAGACACAACCGUGUGUUGGUUGACCAGGCGAAGUGGGCCGUUCAGCUGGAGGCAGAAGCACAGGAAUCCUUCCACGGCCUCUUCGCAUUGGGGCACCUGGCACAGUCCAUCACGAUGAUGGGGCCUCUGCACCCGGAGUUUGAGAGCUGGGGCUGGUGUCCGGUCUCGACCCCUGAGGAUGGGAUGCUCGGCUGUGCUCGUGCGAGGUUGGUGCUAGUUGGAGGGCCCUUGUCUCCGAAGCAGUGGCAGGAGCCUCAGCAAUUCUGGUCGAAGCCGUUUGCGGAAUUGCUGGUCUGGCGGCACGUCAAGAAGAGCCUUCCCGACUACAUGUGGCCCGAUAACGUGCGAUUCCGAAAGCUGCCGCUGUCAGGAAAUGGCAAGGUGGACCUGUCCCAACUCCGCAAGACGAGAGGUAUGCAAGAAUCUAGUGGAGGGGCUAUGCGAUCACAGCAAACCGAAGAUCUCAAUGUUGUGGAGAAGUGGCUUUGCUUGAAGCUCUGUGAGAGCUGCGGGUUUUCAGAUGCGCAGGUUGGCGACAACUUCUUCCAGCAGGGAAUGAACUCGCAGCAGGCUGAAAAGCUAGCCAGGGCAGCUUCUGACCACUUUCGAGUGACCCUCACAGCCAAAGACAUCUAUACGUACUACACCGUCCAAGAGCUUGCGCAGCAAAUUGAGCGUCAAGCGCAAAGCCACCAAGCGCAAAGCCACCCCAGGACGCUUGAAGAGCACAGACCGUGCGAGAGAGCUUCCCUGCUUUCCAUGAUUCCAUCAGGGCCUGGACUCCACCUCUUGGUCACCGGCAUGGCUUUGACAUCUUGCAUGCCUUCUGUCACCUGCAAGUCUUUCUGGCGGUCAAUGUGGAUUGGGGCGGACCUCGUGUGCCAUGCUCCAGAGCAGCGACUCUCCCUAGGCCGAUUGGCCAGGGAGGCAGGCUUCAUCGAGGACAUCGAGAGCUUCGAUGCGGUUCGUUUCGAACUUGGCAAAACGGAAGCGCUGCAGAUGGUUCCGCAGCAGCGUCUACUGCUGCAGUGUGGUGAGGAGCUGCUCUGCCAGCAACGUGUCCUGGAAACAGCUGAAGCCCGGAACAUCGCCGUGUUUGUUGGCAUGAUGGUCUAUCCGGAUGUGUGCAAUCGCUCUCAAGACCUCUUGGCAGCUGCAGAGCCUUGCAUUUCGGCGAACCGAAUCUCACACGUGUUCAAUCUGCGUGGUCCGUCGGAGAUGGUGGAUACAGCAUGUGCAUCGAGUCUCACUUCCCUGCAUCGUGCGGCAGAUCACUUGCAGACCUCGUCUGAGUCUCAACCUUGCGCAGUGGCCAUGGGAUGCAGUGUAAUUUCUGAUCAUCGUACAUUCUUGACCAAAGACGUCUCGACGCUGUUGUCUACGAAGGACAGAUGCAAGACCUUCGAUGCCUCUGCAGAUGGCAUCGCUCGAGGUGAGAGCAUCGGCGCUGUGUUUUGCAAACCCGGAGCUGUGGAUGACCACGCUUUGGGAGCCUUGCUGGGAAUUCGAUCUUCCCAUACGGGGAAAACAGCAAUGUUGACGACACCGUCGAGUGAUGCGGAAAGGUCGCUGGUUUGUGAAACGCUCGAGAGGGCCGGCAUCAAAGCAGAUCGCAUCGAUGCUUUGGAAGUUCACGGCACUGGCACAAAGAUCGGUGACCAGAUGGAGCUUGCGGCCAUGAGGGCGGUGUUCCGCCGGAAGUCAGCAGAAGAUGCAAAGGUCGGACCCGUUCUUGGGGCGCUAAAGACGCACAUCGGACAUUCAGAAGGAGCUGCAGGUAUCAUGUCUUGCAUGAAGGUGCUGCUCAGCAUGAAGAAGGCAGCUAUGCCAAUGAAUCUCCAUUUUCGGAGGCUCCCAGAAGAGUGUCCGGAGAUGGACUGGGCACAGUAUCCCGACAGUCCUCUUCUGCUCACACCCGCCGACCGUGUCGGCUUCAUGCGCCCGUUGGUCUGUGGCGUCUCUGGAUUCGGCUUCGGAGGUUCCCUAUGUCAUGUGAUUUUGCAAUCGUCUCCAGAACCAGCGCAGUGUUCUGCACGGUGCACAGCACAAGUCGGAAGUAUCGAGAAGCUUCAUGAAGCACAUCCCCUGCUGGGCCAGCCUCUCAUAUCCAAAACUUUACCUUCUUUCUCGGUCUCGUCCCGGAUAGAUGUUCAGGAGGAGUACAGCAUUCGUCUGCUUGAGCACCAGGUCAUGGGUGUUUGCUUGAUGCCUGCAGAGGCUUUCAUGGAAAUGAUGUUGGCCGUGGGCCGGCUGCUGCGGACUUCUGCCUUGAGUCUUCGGGAUGUGUGCUUCCACAGGCCGUUGAUUGUCAGCAGGAGCAGUCCUACAGAGAUUUGUACCAGGACACAGCAAAGUCCAACUGACAGUGCGUGCUAUGAAGUUCGGAUCAGUACUGACGGCCAUGAACUUCCUGUGGCCAGUGGUCUUAUCGUCGCAAGACCCGAAGCCCAGACAUCUUCUGUUGAGAAGCCUUUCAAUCAGAAAGAUGAGGUCGUGGUGAAGUCACUGACAAGCAAGGAGAUCUACGAACAAUGGUCCGGAUACGGAGUCAGCUACAGACUUAUCGACAAUGUCACAGUUUUUCAGAACCAGACAGCUCUUGCCCAACUUCAUCAGCCAGCCGACUCUCUCUUUGACUUCAAACUUGCCGUGCCCACCGGUCUCUUGGAUGCUGCCCUUCAGGUGCUCGCGAGCUCGCUGCUGUUGCAGUUGGGGCAAUUUGAAAUGCCAGGCUGGGUACCAGUCGAGAUUGGCAGUUUGUCCCUGCAAGCGGUGUUGCUGCCGAAAGCAUACCAGGCACGGGCUUGGUGGGGUGCAGAAUUCCGGGCAGGAUCAGGUCUUGUCGGCAAUGUUGAACUGCUCCAAGACGGCCAUGCUGUUGCUACGCUGCUGAACUGCCGCUUCCAGCGUGUCUCAGCAGCAGCUUUGAAUCCGAGUUCUUCGGAGAUCCAGACGCUUGUGCCCAAGUGGGAGCCCGUGGUUACCGAAUCCGACGACACAGACAGCAGGAUUGCCAGGCUAACAAUACAUGCCAUGCCAAAUGCUGAUGGAACCAUCUCCAACAUUCAGCUCUGCUUCGUGGACCAUUGGACCAAGGACAUUACCAUUGACGAGCUGGACUGGAAUCUCGGUGAAGCGGCCUAUGAGUUGAAGAAUCGCCAAGUGCUUGUCGAGUACAUGGUUGAUGCUUGUGCAGAUCAUGCGGAGGAGUCGGUGCCAAUGGCAGCAGAGUCUGCAUGCCGCAACCUACUUGACGUCGUGCAAGCAGUGAAAAAGUCUUCAAAGCUUCGAAUCCACCAAUUCCUUGUGAUCACCGUCCGUGCCAUUCCGAUGGUUGACGAUGUUGGCAACUCCAGCAGCAUCAAUCUGGGUCACAGUGUCCUGACCGGAAUGUGCCGGUCGCUCCAUUUUGAGAUACCUGACUGGGACGUUCUUCAUGUGGAUGUCGACGAGCCACCUGCAUCCUUUGCCCUAGCACGGGGUCUGCAGGAGCCAGUGCUGGUCCAGCGCGGGAAGGAGUUCUUUGGACUGCGAUUGCAACCCUACACUCAGACCAGGAACGACGCGUUGACACGGAAGCAGCUCGGGCACAUCUUGAUCACUGGCGGCCUUGGACUCGGCCAGAUGAUGGCAGCCGCUUUGGUUCGCGAAGACGUGCAAGAGCUGACCCUGCUCGGAAGAGGUGCAAAAGUGAAGAUCGUGUACGCCGACGUUUGCAGCGACCUCAGGCAACCGCUCAGCGCUGUGAGCGCCUCUCUCACAGGCAUCGUUCACGCUGCUGGAAUAGUCUGUGACCAGAAGCUGAUCGAUGCGGAUUGGGCGAGUUUCUCAAGCGUCCUGAAACCCAAAGUGCAGGGUGCCUUCAGCCUGCACAGAUUUUCGCAGGAGUGUCCGUCGUUGUCUGACUUCAUCCUGUUCUCGUCGAGUACAGCUCUCCUGGGCUCUCCUGGGCAGACCAACUAUGCUGCUGCAAACAGCUUCCUGGAUGCGGAGGCCUUCUACCGCAGGCAGAACGGCUUCUGUGGCCAAAGCUUGGCAUGGACAGCGUGGGCGCAGGUUGGUAUGGCUAAAGAUGUUGAUGUGCGUGCCGGCAUGUCCAAGAUCUUUCCGGCAGAAGGCACGCAGGCGUGUCUCAGGCUGCUGGCCCACGCUCAAGUGGACCCGAAGCCACAUCUCUUGCUUGCGAAGGUGGACUGGAGCAUGUAUGUGCGAUCAUCAGCACCCUCUACAAUUCAUGUCCAGCACCUGGCAUCUGAUGCACUCAGCCUUCCCUCUUGCAACUGUGAUCAAGUCCGGGAGUUGGAAGAAUGGCUGGUUGAGAUUCUGCAGCAAUCACCUGUUGUUGCUGCCGAUCUCCCGUUUGAAGAGCUAUGCUCCAGUGGGCUGUUUGACUUGGGACUCACCUCUCUGGAUCUGGAAAGCUUUGCGGCAGAUGUAACAAAGGCUUUGGGUGAGAGGUUCCCAGACACAUAUGCACUUUCCAUCAGAGCAAUGGACUUGUUCUCACUGCGAAGCAUCUCCAAAGUUGCUGUUUUCGUGCAGUCCUGCUUAUCGCAGGCUGUUCCGACUCCACAGUUUGGACUUGCAUCGCCCAAGCUUCUGGAGCCACAAGCUGGCUCGGCCUUGUUGCCCGUUUGCGUUGCUGGGGCAGCCUGCCGCUACCCUGGUGAUGUCAACUCUCUCGAACAGAUGUGGGUGUUGCUCGAAAGCUGCAAAUUCGGCCAGGAUUGUGUCAGCAAGGUGCCUGCUGACAGGUGGGACCACGAUGAGUAUGAUGGACGGAUGCAUACAGAUCGUAUUGCCCAUGUCGGACGUCUUGAUCUGUUCGAUGCAGCUUACUUCAGAAUUCCGCCAGACCAAGCUGCAUUCUUGGAUCCGCAGCUGAUGAUGGGCUUGGAAACUUGUGUGCAUGCCGUUGAAGAUGCUGGGGUGUCCAAGCUAAAUGGAGAUACUGCCGUGUAUGUCGGAUUGAUGACUUCGGAUCACUGGCUGUUGCUGGCAGAUUCAGAGGAUCACAAAGUCCCAGCAGGCAACUUGCCCGGGAUGAUCCCAGGCCAUUUUAGCUACUACUUUGACAUUCGUGGUGAGUCGCUCGCUGUCGAGUCUGCAUGUUCCUCCGCUCUUGUUGCUGUCCACAAGGGCUGCCAGACAAUCUGCAAUCGUGGCUGUUCCCAGGCCUUGGCUUGGGCAGCCAAUGCCAUCCUAGCGCCAGCAGUCAUGGUGCAGGCAGGCAAGCUGGGCAUGCUCUCCAAGUCUGGUCACUGCAAGAGCUUCGACAAAGAAGCAGACGGGUAUGUGCGCGGGGAAGGUUGCGGAGCCGUGGUUUUGUCUCACGACUCAGCCCAUAGCCGUGGCAAUUUGCUUGCAAGCUGGGUAAGCCAGAAUGGCCGUGGCCAUGCGCUAGUCGUGCCAAACCCGGUUGCACAGAAGGAGGUGAUUGAGCAGGCAUUGCGAUCAGGUGCCAUCCACCCUGAGCAGAUCGGCUACAUUGAGGCGCAUGGAACAGGAACACAGAAGGGAGACCCUGUGGAGAUCUCUGCCCUGAAGGGUGUUUUUGGAGCAAGGGCUGGCCCAGUCCUCUUGGGCACAGCCAAGACAACAUUCGGCCAUCUGGAAGCCGCAGCUGGCAUGAUCGGUCUGCAUCGUGCACUGUGUUGCCUCCAGCAUGAGGGCGUUUGGCUCAAAGGCUUGAGUGCGGCUGUGGACGAGCUGCUGGGACCUGAUGGCAGCUGGCUUCAGAUUGUCAAAGAGAAGGUGCAGUGGAAGUCAGAAGGCCGUCUGGCAGGAGUCAGCAGCUUUGGCCUGAGUGGGACCAAUGCCCACGGCCUUGUCGGACUGGGGCCAAAGACCGCUACAUCUCAAAGGCCAACGAAAAAACCGCUUCAUCGUUUUGACCGGAAGGCGCAUCCCAAGCCCGACGCUAUCCGUCAGUUGAUGAUGCACCCAGAGGCUUGGUACGAGCGGACACUUCGGAUGGCUGGUGGCUCUGCGUAUUUGCUCGAGCACAAACUCAGCGCCGGUGCCGUCCUUCCCGCGGUUGUGCACCUUGAGAAUUUCCUUCAGGUGUCCAAGGAGGCAGGUACUUGCAAAGGAUGCGAGGAUGCAGGCCACACCUCUGAACCCGACAAUCGUGGAUCUGUCGAUACGGAAGCCUCUCCGCCUGGAACCCGGGAAGCUCAGCCAGAGAUGUCUGCAUUCGUCGGCGAUGCAAGUUUCGAAUCAUUGGUCUUGGUCCCCAUCAGUACCGAUCGGCAACUAAGGACAACCCACGAGCUGCACAUCAAUGCCCGUAAACGGCAAGAUGGCAGCCUCGAGCUCCAAGCCUUUCGUGAGUCCGUCUUACUUUGUUCGGCAAGAGCAAGCUUUGCGGCAGCGUGGCGUGAGCAAGACGUUCCCACCCGCCCUAGAAUGCCAUUCGCAUCGGGCUACCGACACAUGACGGGCAGUCAUAUCUAUGAGCAUCUCACACAGGUUGGUCUCCACUAUGAAGGAAGCUUCCAGGUGGUCUCGGAUGCAGUCGUUGGCCCCAGCCGUGCUUGGGCCAGCCUUGUGGGCAAUGCCCUGCGGCCCCUCACCAUGCUGGAUGGAGCUUUGCAGACCCUGGCGCUGGCGAAGUUUGCUUCGGAAGAGCAUCCACGACCCUGUGUUCCCGUGAGGAUCCGAGCUGUGAGGAUUUUGGGAUCCCUCACAUCUCUGGGAGCCGAUGUGCAACAGGCCUAUGCUGUCUGGGAUGCCGCAGCCCAGCAUGUGUAUUGCCUCAGCGGGACUGGUUCGGUCGUUGCCGUCUUGGAAGGUAUCGUCACUCAGGACCUGCCCGAUGGAUGGGGAGGGGAGAUGAAGUUCUUCAAAGAGAGCUGGGAGAAGACCGGUUCCGGGAUGCUGGGACUGAGCCAAUCCGAGCAGAAUGACAUGGUGGCAUCUUCUCUGCAGACCUGGCCUCGGGAUGUGCCCGGCCUGGUCGAAGCAGACCAGUCCCAGAAGCUCAACAGGCUGGCCGCCGCCUACAUGGCCCAGAUUCCGCCUGAGACCCAAAAGCACUUGCACCCUCGGCUGAAACAACGGCUUGACAGUCGGGCUCGCAGAGUCCUCCCACAGGAGCUGGAAGCCCUAAAGGCAGAAAUCGGUGAUUGCCCCGAGCUCCGCUUGCUCACGAAGUGUGGAGAACAUCUGGGCCGACUGCACGGCAAGAUAUCUGAUCCGCAUGAUGUCUUGUUUCCAGAGGCCAAGGCUGUUUAUUCAGAUGGUGCAAGUGCAAAGCGUGCAAAUAGCAGGAUUCGACAUUGUUUCUCUUCUCUGCUGAGUGUGGCACCUCAGCGCUUGAAAGUAAUUGAAAUCGGUGCCGGAACAGGAGCUACCUCCAGAGCAUUGCUAACGGCUCCAGAGUUCAAGCUUGCAAAGCCAGAUUACUGGUUCACAGACAUCUCCGACCACUUCUUCAAGCAUGCCGAAGAAGACGAGGAGCUCAAGCUCAGCACAUGUUUUCGCAAGCUGGACAUCGCAAAGGAUCCCUUGGACCAAGGCUUCCCGCCCACAUUCAAUGUCGUUGUCUGCACAAACGUCCUUCACGCUGUCGAGGACAUUUCGCAGGCGCUGCUGAAUGUCAGGCGACUAUGCGUCCCAGGUGCGAUGCUGCUCCUCUCGGAGACCACAGCUGAUGACGACUGGUUGCAUCUUACUUUCGGGCUCCUUCCAGGAUGGUGGGCCUUCAAGGAUUUGCGUCAAGACUCCCCAUUGCUCGCUAGACAGCGGUGGGAGGAGCAGCUCGUCAUUGCGGGCUUCGAAGUGCUGCUCUCCUGCGACGAAAAGCAGACAGUAAUCGGUGCAAGAGCCUCCUUACCAUUGCCGCGUUCCAUGAUGCCUGGGAUGCCUGGUGGUGCCCCUCUGUGGCACAUUUUCAGCUCAGAGAGGACGAGGGCCUUUGCGGAUGCCUUCAAGCAUGUGUUCCAGUGUGGGAACUUGGGCAUCCUUCAGGAGGUCAUCCUUCGCAAAGCCGACGCUGUCACUGACACAAUGGGGGAAGCAAACCUUCAACGGUCGCGAGGGAUUCUGUUCCUCUGGGGCAUGGAGGACCCUUGGACUGGUUUCGCGGACACACUUUCCUGCUCAGUUGUAUUUGAUGUCGCCUUGUAUUUUUUUUCCAUGGGGUGUUGUAGUUUCCGAAGCGCAUCCAAGGGUGCACGAGCCGAUGAGAUGCGGCCAGAGGACGUGCCCAUUUACCAUCGGUGUGCCAGCGGUCAAUUGCUAAACAUCUUGCAGCAGCUCCCACCGGAGGCUCCGCGCUUAUGUCUGACUUUGCCAGUCAUUGUAUGA